CUCUAUAAAUAGAAUAGGGUAGCAGAGCACCCUUCUUCCCUCCACAUUCCUACAUAACCACCAUGACUACCUCUACUAUCUGUCUCUUGGCUCUACUCUGUAUCAUUUAUUCUACUGGUGUUCUUCCUGUUGAAGCUACCCACCAUGUUGACAGAAAUCUUCAGAGCCUAACUUCUGACUCCUCCAAUCAACCUUAUAGAACUGCUUACCACUUUCAACCUCCCAAGAAUUGGAUAAAUGAUCCUAAUGGACCAUUGGCAUACAAGGGACUCUAUCACCUGUUCUAUCAAUACAAUCCUAAAGGAGCAGUGUGGGGAAACAUCGUAUGGGCCCACUCCGUAUCAACGGAUCUCGUGAACUGGACCCCACUAGACCCCGCCAUCUUCCCAUCUCAACCGUCCGAUAUUAACGGCUGUUGGUCAGGGUCAACCACAAUCCUACCCGGGGGCAAACCCGCCAUUUUAUACACUGGCAUUGACCCAAUGAACCAACAAGUCCAAAACCUGGCCCACCCCAAAAACCUGUCUGAUCCAUUUCUUAGGGAAUGGGUUAAGUCACCAAAAAAUCCUCUAAUGGCACCAACAAUUGCUAACAAGAUCAAUGCAAGUUCAUUCAGAGACCCUACAACUGCUUGGUUAGGCAAAGAUGGACAUUGGAGACUGCUUGUUGGGAGCAAAAAGAACACUAGGGGGAUGGCAAUUUUGUAUAGGAGCAAAGAUUUUGUUAAUUGGGUUCGAGCCAAACAUCCGUUACAUUCCGAAAAAGGAACCGGAAUGUGGGAGUGUCCUGAUUUUUUUCCGGUUUUGCGUGUCGGCCCGCUAGGUAUUGACACGUCUGUGGACGGUGUUCAAGUCAGGCACGUGCUCAAGGUUAGCUUGGAUGAUAAGAAACAUGAUUACUACGUGAUUGGGAGUUAUGAUGCUGAGAAGGAUAAUUUUGUCCCGGAUAAUAAUAAAGGGUUUGAGGGUGAUGUUGGGACGGUUUUGAGAUAUGAUUAUGGGAAAUACUAUGCGUCCAAAACUUUCUUUGAUGAUGAGAAGAAUAGGAGGGUUUUGCUUGGUUGGGUCAAUGAGUCAUCUAGUGUUGCUGAUGAUAUCAAGAAAGGGUGGUCUGGAAUCCAUACAAUUCCAAGAGCUAUCUGGCUGCAUAAGUCUGGUAAACAGUUGAUACAGUGGCCUGUGGUGGAAAUUGAAAAGCUACGUGCAAACCCUAUCAACUGGCCCACCAAAGUGCUCAAGGGAGGUGACCUACUUCAAAUUAAUGGUGUAACAGCAGCACAGGCUGAUGUUGAAAUUUCAUUUGAAGUAAAAGAGUUUGGAAAGGCUGAAGUUUUGGAGUCUUGGAAGGACCCACAAAUUCUGUGUAGCCGAAAGGGUUCAGCCGUUAGAAGUGGACUGGGACCUUUUGGUCUGCUAGUUUUUGCUUCAAAGGGAUUGCAAGAGUAUACGGCAGUUUUCUUCAGAAUAUUUAGAUACCAUCACAAAAAUUUGGUGCUCAUGUGCAGUGACCAAAGCAGGUCUUCCCUGAAUAAAGAAAAUGAUAGGACCACUUAUGGAACUUUUGUUGAUGUGAACAUUAUUUAUGAGAAGCUGUCAUUGAGAGCCUUGAUUGAUCACUCUGUUGUGGAGAGUUUUGGAGGAGAAGGAAAGGCUUGCAUCACAGCCAGAGUUUAUCCCACAUUGGCCAUAAAUGAUAAAGCACAAAUUUACGCUUUUAACAAUGGAACUGCUGAUGUCAAGAUCGCGAGAUUGAGCGCUUGGAGCAUGAAGAAAGCUCAAAUAAGCUAAGCUGAAAAAAAGGAGAUCCAAUCCUGGAAUCAGAACAGUGCUAGUUCAUCAUGAGAGUUUUUUAGGGACUUCGAUUAAAGGCUCGAAAUAGCAUUACUGUAACACUAAAUAAUAUCAUACGAUAUAUGAUCAAAGUUGAAAAAACUUAAAUUCAAGUUAUUUAAUGUGAAUUUGUCUGUAA